AUGCGGAAGGCAGGAAGAAAGUUUGAAUGUGACUGGCAUGGUUUAGUGGCGUGUACCAGGGAAUAUGAGAGUGUAAUCUAAGUGAAGGUAUUAAGUGAGUGCCAGGGAGUCGGGAUUACUCGGGAAUUGCACAGUUUAAACCGUGUCCUGGUAGCAAAAAGCGACGUCGGCUGUACAGCAGCAAGCUGAGACUUGCCAGCAGCGCAUCAACCUGCUGCAUCACCACCUACUAUCUGCAGCCCCGGUCAUCUGGCGCCCCCCGUAGCCAUGUGGGAUCCACAGGAGUUUGCACAGCACUGGCAGGCGGAGUUCCCUGGGGAGGAGGCUCCAGAGAUGCAGCUGGGUUCGGUACAGGAUGUGGAACAAGAGCUGGAGCGCUGCAGGACCAACCUGAAGAAGCUGCAACAAGUGCUGGCCGAGGAGAAGUUUAAAGUCAUCUACCUAGAGAGCGCGCUGGCUCGGGAUAAGGAGACCCCUAAACCCAAACCCAGGCAACGGGCAAAACCCCCGCCACCACCCCCUCCGCAGCGGACUCGGCGUUCUGACAAAAAGGGCACCGAACCGCUGCCACCACCACCGGUUAUCAAUCCGCCGCCCCAGGACCGGGACUUCGAGGAUGAGGAGGGUGGCACUGAGCGGUUUGUAUUGGGCAACCUGUUGACACCCGGUGGCUCACGACCAGACGAGGAGGAGCACCGGAGAGACCUGCUCCAGGUGCCCGGUACCGACUCCCCCAGACACAGCUCAUCGGACCGGGGCAGCGACGGCUACAUAAGCUCAGACCGUGAGGAUGAGUCGUCUGUAGACUUCAACUACGGUACAGACGGUUACGACCCCGAAGGGAAUGAGGAGCAGAAGAGCUCCCGCGAAGGCUCGGAAACCAUGCCCUAUAUCGAUGAGUCUCCCACCAUGUCCCCUCAGCUUAGUGCCAGGAGCCAGGAUAGCGGAGAUGGUGCCUCCCCUACCCCCCCUGAGGGGCUGCUACCUGGGGCGGAGAGUGAAUCAGACAAGGGGCUGUUAAUGAGACAACUUGUGCUGUCUGGGGUCCUAGCAAGUGAGGAGAUCUACAUCAACCAGCUGGAAGCUCUGCUCUUACCUAUGAAACCACUCAAGGCCACUGCCACAACAUCCCAGCCUGUACUGACCAUGCAGCAAAUAGAUGCCAUCUUUUACAAGAUCCAGGACAUAUAUGAAAUUCAUAAAGAAUUCUAUGAUAACUUGUGUCCGCAAGUGCAGCAGUGGGACAAGACGACAACUGUGGGACAUCUCUUCCAGAAGCUGGCAAGCCAGCUCGGGGUAUACAAGGCUUUUGUGGAUAACUAUAAGUGUGCUCUGGAAACAGCAGAGAAAUGCAGCCAGUGUAAUGUCCAGUUUUAUAAAAUCUCUGAGGAUCUGAAGGUGAAAGGCCCCAAGGACUCGAAGGAGCUGCCAACCUCUGUUUCUAUGGAAGCUCUGCUGUACAAACCUAUAGAUCGUGUGACGCGGAGCACCCUAGUACUGCAUGAUCUUCUUAAACACACUCCUACUGAUCACCCAGACUACGCCCUGUUGCAAGAUGCACUCCGUAUUUCCCAAAAUUUUCUUUCUAGCAUCAAUGAGGACAUUGAUCCCAGAAGGACUGCAGUUACUACACCAAAAGGAGAGACCCGGCAGCUAGUAAAGGACGGUUUCUUGGUUGAACUCUCUGAAAACUCCCGCAAACUGCGGCAUCUCUUCUUGUUUACAGAUCUACUUCUCUGUGCCAAGCUCAAGAAAGCGGCAGUUGGGAAACACCAGCAGUAUGAUUGCAAAUGGUACAUCCCGUUGGCUGACCUUGUUUUUCCCUCCCCGGAGGAGUCAGAGCCCAUCUCUCAACUCCAUGCUACACCAGACCAUGAAAUAGAAGAGAUGAAAGCAAAGAUCUCUGUGCUCAAAAGUGAGAUCCAAAAAGAGAAGAAAUCCAAUAAAGGGUCAAGUCGUGCCAUUGACAGACUAAAGAAGAAAAUGUUUGAGUAUGAAUCCUGGCUUCUUCUCUUCUCUCCUACGAUUCCCUUCCGAAUACAUAACAAGAAUGGCAAGAGCUAUCUCUUCUUGUUGUCUUCGGAUUAUGAACGAUCAGAGUGGAGAGAAAUUAUUCAGAAGCUACAGAAAAAGGACCUACAGGCCUUUGCUCUCAGUUCGUUGGAGUUACAAGUGCUUACUGCUUCCUGCUUCAAAUUACGCACUGUUCACAACAUUCCAAUAAUAAGCAACAAGGAUGAUGACGAGUCUCCUGGUCUCUAUGGUUUUCUCCAUUUCAUUGUCCACUCUGCUAAAGGAUUUGAUCACUCUGCCAAUCUCUACUGCACACUGGAAGUUGACUCAUUUGGUUAUUUUGUCAGCAAAGCCAAAACUAGAGUUUUCCGGGACACCACAGAACCUGAGUGGAACGAGGAGUUUGAGAUUGAGCUGGAGGGCUCUCAGUAUCUGCGGAUCCUCUGCUAUGAGACGUGCUAUGACAAAAGCAAGCUCAACAAGGAUAACAAUGAAAUUGUGGACAAAAUCAUGGGGAAGGGGCAGAUACUGUUGGAUCCACAAGCAGUGCAAAGCAAGAACUGGAACGUGGAUGUGAUUGAAAUGAAUGGGAUUAAAGUGGAAUUUUCCAUGAAAUUCAGCAGCAGGGAUAUGAGCUUAAAAAGGACACCCUCUAAAAAACAGACUGGGGUAUUCGGAGUUAAAAUAAGUGUGGUGACAAAACGAGAGCGCUCCAAAGUGCCAUAUAUUGUGCGGCAGUGCAUUGAGGAGGUGGAGAAGAGAGGCAUUGAAGAGGUUGGCAUAUACAGAAUAUCUGGCGUGGCCACUGAUAUACAGGCUCUGAAAGCAGCAUUUGAUGCAAAUAACAAAGAUAUUUUGAUGAUGCUGAGUGACAUGGACAUCAAUGCAAUAGCUGGUACUUUGAAACUUUACUUCCGCGAGCUGCCGGAACCACUUCUUACGGACAGACUGUACCUUGCUUUUAUGGAAGGGAUAGCACUGUCUGAUCCAGCUGCCAAGGAAAACUGCAUGAUGCACCUUCUACGCUCUCUUCCUGACCCUAAUCUAAUGACCUUCCUAUUUAUACUGCAGCAUUUAAAAAGGGUUUCAGAGAAGGAACCUAUCAACAAGAUGUCGCUCCAUAAUUUGGCAACUGUAUUUGGACCAACAUUACUAAGGCCAUCUGAGGUGGAGAGUAAAGCUCAUGUCAACCUGGCGUCGGACAUUUGGUCACAUGAUGUCAUGGCACAAGUCCAAGUUCUGCUCUACUACAUGCAGCACCCUCCCAUCAUCUUCUCAGAGCUGAAACGAAACACUUUGUACUACUCAACGGACGUGUGAUCGCACCUCUCCCUAAGCUUGGAGAAGACUAGGGAGGUUCUGCUCCUUUCUGUAUAUUUAAAAAAAAAAAGACAUUCCAAGGUUAGAGAAGGGAAAGGACAUCGGUAUCUCACAUCGUGGGAGCUCCCUGUUACCUGCUCUUGUGCAUUUCUUGGGCCCUUUUGUACAGAAUUUGAGAAGUGAAAAAAACAGCACUGUGCUCCCCAUGUGACUAGUUGUAUUUUGUAUAUUGGUGUUCAGGCAUUAUUUUGUGUAGACACAAGAAGCAUAGGUGGAGCAGGGCUGUGGAUCUGUUUUUACCAUUCACACUCUUUGCUCUGUUACAAUUGUAUGGGAAGUUUAUGAAAACAUUGCAGACUUUGUCUUUUAAUCUGUUGCAUCCACAAACCUUGUGCUGAGGAGUACUUCAUGAAAGCUGAAGUCUGAGGGUAUUUACAACUUGGGGACCACAAGAGACAUAGGAUGGCAGCUUACCCUCAGACAGUGCUGGCAUGGAAUGCCUCACAGACUCUCAAUGGAUCUUCCGUCCUAAUAAUUUUAAAAUAUUUCCAUGACAUUUUCCCUUUGUUUUUCAACAAUUUGCGAAUCAGAGUAGUCUUUUUUUUGUUUUCCGGUGGACAUGUCACUUGUGAUUUGCUGCUUUAAAGGGUUCAUGUGUUUAUAUUUAUCAGUUGGGCUCUGGGGAAGUGACUCAAAUCAGAAAUAUACUCAAAAUGUUCCAACUCUGUGAGACAAGUCCGGGAAUGCAGCGAAUAAAAACUAACUACUUGUCACUGUACAAGAAAUAAAUACAGCAAAACCACUUCAAUUUUAAAAUAGAAAACAUAUGUGUUGUAAAAAUAAGCCUUGCUAAAACAGACAAUGCAGAUAAUAAUAUAUUGGAACAAGGAAUACGUUUUUUAUUUUUUUUGUACAGUUUUUAGUUAUUUACUAACAAGUUUUCUUUACAUCAUCAAAGCUUUAUAGCAUCCAUAACUCUCAGUAUAAUUAAUAUAAACAAUAUAAAACUAAAUUUGGCUACAAAACCUAGGGAUCUGACAUAUCACAUUUGGGAUGUGAUCUUAGCCAAUCACGGAUUUGCCUUUCAUUUUCAAGAAAUUUUGUCAGGUGUUGUAUUCCAGAAACAUGACUUUAGGUAGAACGCUAAUUAUUUAAUUAAGCAUAUAAUUAUCUUUUAUGUUGCUGCUAUAAGACAGUGAUGUCUGUAGCUUAUUACUUACUUAAAAUGUAUAGAAACAACACCUUUUUCACAUGAAACCACUGAAAAUAAGCUUAAAUUUGGCUUUGCUAAAUUGAUGCAGUUUUAGUAUAUUUCAGAAAAAAACACUUAAUUGAAUUAUAGGAUUUUAAGGUCAUACCAGAUAUUUCCCAGUUUGUUUGUUUUUGUUUUUUAAAUGAAUAAUGAGAAAGUCAGUUGCAUAAUGUAGAAGUAAGAACUAUUCUCAAAUUGAUGUCACUAUACUGUGCUGUAUAAAUUCCCUUUAUGAUUAUUUAGCUAUUAUUACAUUUGAUGUUCUCUAUGCCCUCAAGGGACCAAAAUAGAAGAACAGCUGGUGUCUGAAUGGGUUAACUAAUUUAGGUGCCAUAUAAUUUCUUUCAGUUUUGUGUCAUCUCUCUUCACACUGGCUAGGAUGGUAUAUGAGUCUCCUUCAUGCCUUUUAGAUGUCGGCACAUGCAUCACUGUAGCUGUAAGACUGCUGAAAUGGGAGAAAUCCAUGAAUAAUAAAAUCCUGAUUUCUGUUUUGAUAA